GCCCAUCUGAGGCGGCGCUGCUGCUGGCCGCCAGCGUCGCGCACCUCGACGACGCGGCCGACCUGACGCGCGAGCUGCUGCACGCCGGGGCGCCCGUCUGGGGUGGAGGUGGUCCAACAGAAGAGGAUUCAGAAGAUUCGACAUUUGCAGCCUUUCUGCGUGCUGUGAUGCGCCGCCGCCGUCUUGACAGUCGAGCACAGAAUACACUGCACUUGCUCAGUGAGGCCAUGGGGGAGCAGCCAGCACGCAUGCACCGCACUGUCAUGCGCACGAUGUUUCGGCAUGCCAGAUGUGUCAAGGUGCUAGGCCCAGUCUUCCUACAGCUGAAGUCGCAAAUGAAGCGUUACUGGACACAGCCCCUGGAAUUGCGUUUCCUUUGCCGCAAAGCCAUCAGAGGUGCAGUCGGACCUCAGCGUCUUGCACAAGGUGGUGCAGCCCAGCUGGGGCUGCCACCACCCCUUCAGAAAUACGUUUGUUUUGAGUUGCAAUAGACCACGUGAUCAGUGGAGCAGGAAAUAAUUCUUGGUCCAACUCUUUGAAACUCCAACAGCUUGUGUUUAUUAUUUUGAUGUGCACUUAUUCAUCUUGUGCUUCCAGCACUGAUCAUACUAGAAAAGUGCACACAAAUACUCCGAAGCAGAACUCAUGAAUUUGAAUUUCAUAGUUGAAUGGCACAUUUGCGACCAUGCAUUCAGUUAUCCGUGUGACUAUUGUAACACCCUUCUCUUGAUCGUAGAUGGAAAAGUGCCAAAGGCUACAAACGCUGAUGAAUGUUAAGUGACAGUAUUAUUAAUGUAUUGACUGAGCAUAAAUGUAUAACAAACAAGUUAGCAAGUGAGUUUGUAACAGGUGUCUUAUUCUUAGCACUGCACUCUUUUCAUGUAGUGAAAACUAAAUUCUGGAGAAGAAGAAUAUUUACAUCCAUGUUACCUGUAACUGGUCACAAUGUUUAAACAAAUUGCUCACGAACUUUCUAAACUUACACAGGUUUCUUUUUUUUGUAAUUAAAAGGUGAUAUGAUCACCUAACUCCACUGUUAUUUGAAUCAGUAGUUAAUGUCAGUACAACAAUCAGCACAUAUAUUGGUUUGUACGAAUGCUUUGAUGCCUGUUUUAUUAACAUUAUGAUUUGCUAAAUGUUUGUAAAGAUGACCUUCUUUUAAAGAUGUUGUUUCGUUUAUAUCAGUUACAAAAUUGAUGUAAUUUUAUAUCAUUCUUGGUAGAUAAAACCCUUACCAAUACAGUAACCAUAUAAAGUGAAGGUAACAAUUCAUUUCCUGUUUAACCAAAUUAAUUAUUUAAGCUUCACUGCAAAACACAAUUUUACAGUCAGUUGUCUUUGCUCCCACAAAUACAGUGUUCUAGUACAACAAAGGAUUUAACAAUGUCCCCAUUGUAUAUACAUCAGAUGCUGCUGAAAAGUAACUAUCCAGCAGCAUUCAGAAGUUAUUACUCUAAUACAUUUCAUAUCCAGAGACUGCUACAUUACUCUUCGACUGAAAAAAAUUUUUUUUUUCCUUCUGCUUCGUUAUUCACUGUAGUAGUAAACGUACAUAUUUUCAUAUCUAUCAACUCAUUCAUCACAUAUUGCUAUGACAUGAUUUUAACUUCCUUUGAUCAAGUAAUGCACUGUUGCCUGUGCCUUGUAAGUUAAACACCAUUAAGAAUAUCUGAACACCAAUGUGUGAAAGCAAUAACUUUUUUAAUGUGAGUGCAUCAGUUAUUACAGCAUUUUCACUUGGAAAUGCAUUUGUAAAAAUUUUGUAGGUAUUGCCUUUAGAUGACACAAGUGCCCUUCAAUAUUCAGAGACCACCAAAAAACAUUACUUUAAUACACUAACUUCUCACAUUUUUAACUACACUUGUUCUUACAGAGCUACAGGAAGUUUGCAUUUCAAACCUCUUGUUGUCUUUCAUUAAUAAAAAGCAAAGAAAACUGGAUCUGCUAAUAUAUUUUGAAUUGCUGUAGUGCAUUGUACUCCUACUUCCACAUGAUAACACACAUAUACAUUAACAUCAAUUUUAAAAUUGCUCUCCAUAUAAAUUAUAAUCAGUGUGGCAAAUACUGCUCAUAUCAUUUUCAGUGGAUUUUUACAUGCACAGCUGUUCUAACAAAUGUCAUGGAUAAUUUAACAUUGACAAACAGGACCAUUAAGCAUCACUUUCUUUUCCUGAUAUCAGUUUAGUUCAUUAUUCUGCUACACAGAUACCUCGCACUAUAUCAUGCAGUAUUUUGCAACAAAUGUGUUUGUUAAAAAAUAAGUGGUAAACAUUUUCCUUAGAGAUUAUAUAUAUUAAAGAAAAGGGUGCUGGAUUCUUCUUGUCAUCCAUAAACUUUUCAUUUAAAUUUUAUUUUUAUUAUAUUGAGCCUCAUUCACAUCUACUGAGAUAUUUCCUUAAUACACAUAAAAGCCAUUGUCCAUACUAGGACCUACUACUUUACAGCUGAAUGUAUGUGCAGUAUUUGUGUGCACUUUUCUCCAGCACCGUCACACAUAUCAAUUAAUGAUGUCUGCAACAAUGCAUUUGAACCAGUAAAUUAUUGGACAGACACUAUUCAUUUGUGUAACUGCACUACAGUUAAACACGUUUUUCAGCAUGAAAAUUGGUAAUAAAAUAUACCAAAAUUCUGUGAUCUGUAGCCAGAACCAUGGAGAGCUAUGAGGAUAAUUUUUUAUCCAUGUAGAAACAAUGCCUUCAUACAGAACUGUGAAACAGAAGUGUAAACUAGAGAUGUCUUGAUAAACUGUGAUGUUUAUGUGUUUAGUAGGUUAUUCUAGUUGUAUAGUUUGUAAUAUAAGCUAGAACAGUGUUUGAUAAAGUGUGAACUGACUCUGAACAAUUUUACAACUGGGACAUUAAUCACAGCUUAUGUGAUGUAGAAGAACAGUCGUUUUGUACCAUAACCCCAAUAUAUAUGAGUAAAAGUAGUGACAAUUGUAAAUAUUAGAGUCUGAUCACAUGUGAAGAGGCUUUCAUAAGUGUUAGUUUGCAUCUAUGCACUGUGUGUGUGUGUGUGUGUGUUUGUGUGUGUGUGGUGUGUGUGUGAAGGGUAUUUGAAUGAGCCCAAGAGCAAAUUACACAUCAAGUGUACUAGCUCUUGCAAGUGAGUAUGCAGAGUCAUGGGCACAUGAAUGACUCAUAAAUGGUUUUACUCUUGAAGUAGAUAUGGUUACACUGAGAUAAGGAAUACCAUAAACAGCUGAUUUUUCAGUACAGUAAAACUACAAUAAUCCAAAAUAACUGGGACCAAAGCCUCACCAGAUGGCACAGUUUCCAUCUCAUUAAUGUUUUGAGUUGGAAGUAUUAGUGUAUCUUUCAGUACCAUAUCUGUCAAGAAAGUACCAAUAUUUAUCAUUCAUAAUAUGUUAUUUCUUCCUUUGUGUUCAUCAUUCACUUAAAAUUAGUAAUUACAUUUUGCCAUGGAUUUAGAUACUUUCUUUCAUUCGCACAAGACAUCUCAAAUUUUGGAUUAGUGAUGUAAUACUGUAUUUACACUAAAACUAUUUACUUGUUUUGCUUAAGUGUAUGAAACAUAUUUUAUCAGUACUCACUGCCACAGUAUUAGUUUUACAGAGAAAUGUCUUAUAUAUUUUUCCUGACAAGAUUUCAGGGAUAUUGCUUUGUUUCUACCUGGCUAUGUUACACUGCCAGCUUCCUGAAGAUGUCACCACAGGUGUGUGAACAAUUGGGAAGUGUUGAAUUUUCUGCUUUAAUACAUAGAUUGUAGAAUACCGCAUGUACAGAUCUUAUAACUGCGAACAAUAAGUGUUCCUCAUUGUUUAAUACACCACAACAUUUGACAUGUAUGGUGUAUUAAAAUGUUAGCUGAGAAGUAAAACUGGAUUCCUGUUUGAUGCAUAUGAUGCAAAGCAGGACAGCACAUUUGCCCUUAAAUAUUUCAAUUUGUCUUAUUUGUAAAUUUUAUACUAGCUGAAUAAUGAACUCAGAUGAAAAUAAGUAUUGUGUUAUUCAUCAUUUCGGCACAGUUAUUACCUUUCAGUUUAAUUGCAGCACCAUUAUAUGACACUGGCACAUUAUUUAAAAUAACUACUUAUUUUAUCACUGAGUUACAUGUGGCAGCACAGUCAACUGGUCUGAAUACAUAUUCUGAAUAUAUAGAUAAAAAGUGACAGCCACAUUACCUAAAUACAGACCAAAAUUUCACACAUGGUUUUAUAGAAAAGAAAUCACCUCUUAUGAUUAUUUUCUUGUCAUAGAUGAAUAAUAUACAGAGCUUCCAAGUGAGGUUAUUGCAUGUUUUCCUAAUAGAAUAUGCAACUGUUAGGAAGUAGAAAAUUAUUAAUCAAAAUUCUGACCUUAAAAGAAACGCUGAAAUAAGACAGUCGUGUAAUCCUAAUUAGUAUUGCUUCACCCAUGUCUCUUUCUGAAGCUGCGUUUUAUUAGUUUGUGGUGUUCAGAUAUUUGUAUUAAUAGUCAGUGUUUGUUGUAGGAGUAUAUUCUGUAAGCUCCAGAUGCAAAGGCUGUGAAGUCAAUUUUAAAAUUAAAAUGUGUUCAUGAACUUCA